AUGGCUGCCAACGGUGUUACCUACGCCCUCUCCAACUCCCACAAGGAGUUGCUGGAGAAGUCCCUGGUGGACUCGGACCCCGAGGUUGCUGAGAUCAUGAAGAAGGAGAUUCAGCGUCAGCGCGAGUCCAUCAUCCUCAUCGCCUCCGAAAAUGUUACCUCCCGCGCCGUCUUCGAUGCCCUCGGCUCGCCCAUGUCCAACAAGUACUCCGAGGGUCUCCCCGGUGCCAGAUACUACGGUGGAAACCAGCACAUUGACGAGAUUGAGAUUCUCUGCCAGAACCGCGCUCUGCAGGCUUUCAACCUCGACCCUGCCAAGUGGGGUGUCAACGUCCAGGCUCUCAGUGGUAGCCCUGCCAACCUGCAGGUUUACCAGGCUCUCAUGCCUGUCCACGGCCGUCUGAUGGGUCUUGACCUCCCCCACGGUGGUCACUUGUCCCACGGUUACCAGACUCCCGCCAAGAAGAUCUCGGCCAUCUCGACCUACUUCGAGACCAUGCCCUACCGUGUCAACCACGACACCGGUAUCAUUGACUACGACCGUCUCGAGGAGAACGCCCAGGUCUUCCGCCCCAAGAUUCUGGUUGCUGGUACCUCUGCCUACUGCCGUGAGAUCGACUACGCCCGCAUGCGCAAGAUUGCCGACUCCGUUGGUGCCUACCUUGUUGUCGACAUGGCUCACAUUUCCGGUCUUAUCUCUGCCGGUGUCAUCAAGAGCCCCUUCGAGUACGCUGAUGUCGUUACCACCACCACCCACAAGUCCCUCCGUGGUCCCCGUGGUGCCAUGAUCUUCUUCCGCAAGGGCGUCCGCAGCACCGACGCCAAGACUGGCAAGGAGACCUUCUACGACCUUGAGAACCCCAUCAACUUCUCCGUCUUCCCUGGUCACCAGGGUGGUCCCCACAACCACACCAUCACUGCUCUUACCGUUGCCCUGAAGCAGGCUGCUUCUCAAGAGUUCAAGGACUACCAGAGACAGGUUGUCGACAACGCCAAGGCCCUCGAGCACAAGUUCAAGGAGCUCGGCUACAAGCUUGUCUCUGACGGAACCGACUCCCACAUGGUCCUGGUCGACCUCCGCCCUCAGGCCCUUGACGGUGCCCGUGUCGAGGCCGUCCUUGAGCAGAUCAACAUUGCUUGCAACAAGAACAGUAUCCCUGGUGACAAGUCUGCUCUCACUCCCUGCGGUGUCCGUAUUGGUACCCCCGCCAUGACCUCUCGUGGUUUCGGCACCAAGGACUUUGAGCGCGUCGCCGAGUACAUUGACCAGAGCAUCAAGAUCUGCAAGGAGGUCCAGGGUGAGCUCCCCAAGGAGGCCAACAAGCUCAAGGACUUCCGUGCCAAGGUUGUCUCUGGUGAGGUUGAGAAGAUCAACAGCCUCAAGAAGGAGAUUGCCGCCUGGUGUCUUCAGUUCCCUCUCCCCGUUGAGGGCUGGAGAGUUGACGCUGGCAUCUAA